AUGCUCGAAGUCCAGGAUUCCCCGGACAAAACUCGUCCACCCCGCGUCGAUGACAGCGGUACUACCCAAGAGUCCCCAUCCAAAACAAGCCAGUCUCCUCCCCGUAACGCCCUAGGCCCAGUGCUGGUAUUCAUGGCCAGGGCCACACAGGCGAAAGACAAGGACUACCCGUCCAACAUUGUAACCAACACCCGAAUGCACAUAUACCUACGCGCAAUGCUGGCAAAAACCAUCGUCGAGCACCGCAAGCGAUUCGGCAUUCUAGGCUUCCGCCCCCAUAGGAUUCAGACGACACUCCAGGCUGCGCAAACCCGGACCUCAUCUGUCAGCCGAUCUGGAAAGUUCCUGAUCAUGGCACUUGAGGAAGCUCGCACAUCCAAGACUGAGUGCAUCUUUGUCAUGCUGGGCUGGGAUGGCUGGACAACCGACAAGAUAACUAUCGCCGAGCUCUGCAACCAGUUCUGGGACGUCCCUUUUACAUUCCAUGUUUAUGCGAACCGGGGCGAUCCCUGUGAGUUCUUCGUGGUCAACGCCCACAAAGUCAAUGCGUACUUCCGAAAAAUGAUUCUUGCGAAUGAUCCGGCUAUUGUUGGCGAUGGUGCGACAGCGCUUUACAUUCGCAUCGUGGAAACCUUGCCUACCUUGCACUUUUCCAAGUAUCACGCUGUUAUGUCGGUGCAGGAAAAGCAAACUCUUGCCAAGUACGAUAAGCGGUAUGCCGGGGUUUACAAGGUGGAGGAAAUCGACGUUCCAGAGCUUGCAACUGAACAGCCCGAUGCUCCAAAUCCUGACGUUUGA